AUGGGCUACUGGAAUUGUGACUACAACUCUGGGCCUUCGGACUACAAUCAUUCAUCUGAGGAAACAGACAGAAACUGAGGGGAAAAAACUGGAACACAUCUUAUUUCUACAGAGAGGUGGGGAAAGAGAUUUCCAGGGGGGCAGUGACCUCUCAUGCUCCCCCUUAGCUACAGGGCUGCUGCUUCUAUCUUCCUCCAGCAGUCUAGGGGUGCACUAAGCGAUAAGUAUUAUAUACAGGACAUUUUUAAAUAAUUGCCAUGCAUCUUGGCUUUGGUAAAAAUUCUAAGACUAACAUUAGUAAACAUUGGUUUCACACUUUAAUCUAUUUACAAAUCAUUGCCAUGUAAAUAUCAGGGACAAAUGAUAAACACCACCACAGUGAGCUUUGUUUAGAGAAACCUUAUACAGGAAUAUAAUAAUCAGAUUUCUCCCCCAACUGGGUGCAACCACCAUUCUCCUCACACUACCCAGGACAUGUUGUUGCUGGUAAUCUCACCAAAUGGAGUUGAAAUUUCUGAUUUACACAUAUUUCUCAAACCAGUGAGUCUAUGGAAUGUUAAUAUUCAAGAAUAAUGGACAGGUGUGCUGGGUUUUUUUUGCAGGUGAGCGUACUUAGAGUAUUGAAUGAAUGGUAACUAAAUACCUAUUUGUCAUAUGUCUAAUUUGCUGGGUAUGUAAUUGGUGCAUUAUUUUUCCAUAACAACCUCCCACAUUUGUAAAGCCAUUUCUCUAGUUUUGGACUAUUUUUCGUCUCCCAGAGAGAGGCUAUCAGUAGCCUAGCAGCUACAAGAUUCCUUCAUUUCUCUUUGGGUGACCCUUUCUGUCAGGUUUUACAUUUUUGUCGGGGUAGGGAUUUGGGGGAUGGGGUGGGGAGGGGGGUGCUGGUUGGUCAGGGCUUUUAAAAACAAAUAAUUCCCAGCUUUUAGUGUUUGCGUGAGGGACACCCAAAUGCAAAGUCAGAAGAUGACUGGUAUUUCCUUGUACAAAGUACAAGCUUGCCAGCUCCUGCAAGCUCCUACCCCAUCCCGAGGCUACAAGCACCGCGCCCUUCUUGGGGCUAAGGAUACCAGAGAGAGAAAGUAAAAGCGAAACGACGUCCCUUUGCCGACCAGACUGACAGAGCUCAGACCGGGGUAGACAGAGCAGAGCGACCACCACCCCCUGGCUGGAUCGGCCGCGGGCCAUGGCAUGGGCAGGGGGCUCCGCUGGGCAGCGGUGCCUGCUGCUCCUGGGUCUCGGCGGCUUGCUCCAGCUGGCAGAAACUCUUCAAGUGCGGAUGGGAAGCACCCCACAAAUAGUGUCACUGAAUGAUAACAUCUUCAUACCAUGCACGAUCUCUGGGUACAAGACAGAAGAACUGGAUAUCAAGAAUGUGGGAGUUACCUGGUAUCUUAAGCCUCCAAGAGCAGACCAAAAAGAGGAAGUAUUCACAUUUCUGACUGGAGAACAUUUUCCUCGUAGAAAUGGGGCCAAUAUGUCUGACAGUGACCUGAGAAGAGGAAAUGCUGCACUCUUUCUACCACAGAUACAGUUUAAGGAAGCAGGAACAUAUACCUGCCACGUUACUGUAACCCCUUUUGAUGCUCAGGGAACAGCUGUUUUAGAGGUAGUUGCUCAACCAACUGUCAGCCUGUCUCCAAAAGAAGUUAUAAUAGAAAGUGACAAGGAGAAGACUCUGUCAUGUGAAGUCAAUAAGUUCUAUCCAAAUUUGGUUGACAUUAAGUGGAUGAAGAUUUCAAAGAAUAACCAGGACAGUAGCGUAGCAGCAGAGGAUAUCUGCACAGGAGCCUCUGUAGAAAAUGAAGACGGCACAUUUAAUGUCACUAGUAAAUUAAGGCUGCAACCGUCUUUGCAAGAUAAUGGAAAUGUCUAUAGAUGUAUUGUGAGUCACAAAACAUUUCCUGCCGACUUACUUCUCAAUAGCGUCUUGACUGUCACAGCCCCCAGGUCCGAUUCAAGCAUUUUAAUUGGAGUGGUCAUUGGAACAAUAAUAGCCUGUAUUAUUGUGCUCGGUUUGGGAGUUUUCGUGUACGAUAAGUGUUUUAAGAAAAUUCCACCAACAAUAAUGGCAUUCAUAGGGAAUGUGGAAAUGAAACAUUUAGAAGACACUUCUUUGUAUUGUCAAUUUUCCGGCUUUCGUCCAAAACCUAUAACCGUAGCUUUUUUUCUGAAAAAGUAUCAACAAGAACAAAAGGAGACAAUUUACUAUUGGAACAGUGAAAAGGAUGACAUUCAACGAGAUGAGGAAAGUGCUGCUCUCCUGUCUACGUCAAAGAAUUUUCAGUUUCAGAUAUACUUGAAGUCACUAGAUAAUGGCACUUUUGAAGUUCCAUGCAUCAUUCAUAUAUCUCCAAACGUGCAUGAGCUAAACAAGGCAGAGAUUUCUCUUGAAAUUAUACACGAGGCCCUUCAGCAACGUCCUGCUAUGGCAAUAACGGAAUUGAAGGUCAUAGCCGUGCCAGUGUUGGAUCCAAUCCUGUGUUCUACAGAUGUGCCAAGACCAGAUGAGCCUAUAACUUUGACUUGCAGAAUUCAUUCUUUUUUCCCUGAAACAAUUGAUUUGGCUUGGUAUAAAGAUGGUGAUGAAGUGCCAGAGGAACCCUUCAUUAGUGAUGUGACAAGGGGACCAGAUGGACUUUUCUUCUGCACCAGUAGUUUAACAUUACAUCUUGGAGUUGAGGACACUGGUAGGAGCUUCAUAUGCAAAGCUAAACUUAAAGGCUCACACCAGUAUAAAGAAUCUUCUUGGAAGCUGGAAAAUUUGAUAUUUACUCCAAAAGUCUCAAAUAUUGUAUGUGAGCCCAGUAUCCCCAAGACUGGGGAGGCCGUCACAUUAUCUUGCCAGGUGACAGAUUACCACCCAGCACAGUGUCAGGUGCGCUGGAUAAGAGGCUUUGAAGAACUCACCGAGGCUGCAAUUAAAACCCAGGACCCUCAACUUGAUACAGCAACAAAUCUGUACCACAGAGUAAGCCAGGUGACAUUUACACCUGAACCUGAGGACCAUGCAGUAGAGUUCACUAUUGAAGUCAUCCAUUGCAACAGAAGUACAAAGAAGUCCCAUCCCCUCAUGUUAAAAGGUUUCCCAAGAAUUACAAGUAUUGUUCUUAGUCCAAAUGAUGUGGAGUAUGGAAAACCCCUUUCUCUGACCUGCAAAAUCAUGGAUUUCUAUCCCAGCGAUAUUCAAGUCCGGUGGUUUCAGGAGAACGAUGAAAUCAAGAAGGGUUCAUCAGUACAAGAGCCAAAGCAGGAUACAAAGGGCCUUUUCUGCACAUCUUCUGAUCUUCAGCUAAUACCCUCUGCUCGAGAUUAUGGCAGAAAGAUUGGUGUAAUGGUGAUGCACAAGACUCUGACAAAGCCCAUUAGAAAAAAUGUGUAUCUAAAGCUCCCAGCAAAGUCUCCUGCCGUUUCUGAGAUUAGAGCAACACCCGCAUCACCGAAGGUCAAUGAGAUUGUCUGUCUUGAAGUUUCCAUAUCAGAUUUUGCGCCGGAAAAUAUAAAAGUUGCAUGGUAUAAAGACUGGUCAGAGUUACCUAAAGACAACCAUAACAUAGAUACUCAAAUUGGAAAAAAUGGUUUAUGUUUCUCUACAUUGAAAACACAAUUUACUACGAAUGCAUCUGAUAAUGGAAAAAUGUUCAGAUGUGAGGUUAUUCAUCCAGCAACAAACUCCUGCACAGAGAAAAGGUUUACAUUGAAACUCGAUGAUUUUUCUACCAGCACUGGAGAUAUCCAGUCAGAGUGUGUAUAUCAGAACUACACAUUGAGCCCUAGACCCAUCAGUCAAGAGAUUAACACCCUGAAGAUAGAAUGCAUUACUAGCAACCCAAAGGCUGGGGAGGAUGUGACACUUCGCUGUUUUGUACAUGGAUGGACUACAGAGAGUGCCUAUGUUUCCUGGUUUAAGGGAAAAUACCCCAUUGAAGACAGAAUAGAGAACACAGACUGUGAGAAUGAGUCUGGUUUUAUUACUUCUGUAACUUUUAAACCUGAAGAACAGGACAAAGAAUGCAAGAUCAGAUGUGAGGUUUCUAAUGAUGAGGAAUCUUUUGAGGAUUCAUACAUUUUAAAACUUGCAUAAUCUCCCUUCAGUGAAGAAUGUGGCCAUCAAACAGCAACUCUAUUUCAGUGCUUCAAGGGUUCAGUGAACAGUUACCUCAUUUUUAAAAAAAAACCUCUUUCAGGAAUUAAAACUUUAUCAGCGUAUACAAAUACACUACUCGGGAGAACCAGGGUUUGAGAAAAUAUGGACUGUUCAGGACCCAAGUUCUUCCGCAGGAUUGAAGUUAUCUAGACCACUUUUUCCCCAUCUCGAGUAUUUUUACUUCAAUUUCUUGGCCAGAGACUGUAAUGAUCCUAUGAUAAAAGAACGAAGGAAAAUGGUUUUAACACCAACAGAGUGAAUCCUUAAUUAAAAUGCAUAUUCACCAAGA